AGUUUAAAUUGGCAGCAGAGUCUUCUCUUCCAACUGAUAAGAGUGGCAUUCUCAGACUGGAGAGAGAGAGCGGGGGAGGGAGUGGCAGCCAAACGGCGUCGGUUUUGGAAGCAGAGGAGACCGCAUUUCCAGCUUACUUUCCGAGUUAAGGAAUAUAGAUUUCUUUGCGGAUUUCUGAAUUGUUGAAGGUAAGAAGAUCAAAUGGUUGAGGCAAAGAACAAGGAAUCAUCACACUGGUGGUGGUUUGACAGUCACAACAAGAGCAUUUCAAAUCGGUCACCAUGGCUUCAGUCCACACUCGCUGAGCUCGAUGAGAAAACAAAGAUAAUGCUGAAGAUAAUUGAGGAAGACGCAGAUUCCUUUGCCCAACGUGCAGAAAUGUACUACAAGAAGAGACCAGAGCUCAUUAGCAUGGUUGAAGAUUUCUAUCGGACUCAUCGUUCGUUAGCCGAGCGAUACGAUCAAGUCAAAUCGGAAUCUGGAACUCGCCUUCCAACGCCAUGGUCAUCUCCAUUGUCUUUCACCAAAUAUCGGCUUGAGAAAUCAUUGAGCUUGAGCGACAAAGCAUAUGAUAGCUACUCUGAGGCCUACGGACCGGAGGAGUCUGAGGAGUCCGAGGUCGAUGACCCGGAAGAGGAAGAAGAAAUACUGCAAAACCACGUGGAGUCCGAAACAGAGGAAGUGUCAGGUGGUGCUGGCAAUGAGGAGCUAAUGAAGCUGAGGGCAGAAGUGGAGAGGCUUAGAGAAGAAAACAAGGUUCAAAAGGAGCAACUACUUCAGAAGGAUGAAGAGAAAAGGGAAGUCAUCAGACAGUUGAGUUUAGCCAUGGACUUGCUCAGGGAAGAAAAUGUGAAGCUGAGUCAAUGUCUUGCCAGGAACACUCCCAAGAAAGAAAAUCAACCUGAGUACGCCAAAUUGAAAGAGGGUUUCUUUGGGAGGUUGUUCAAUGGAUUUGCUAAAUCACAGGCUAAUCUGGUGGCUCUUUAGGGUGUUGUUUAAUCCGUGUUCGCCGAUACUAUGUAAUAUAUAUUACCAUGUAAGAACUAUAUCCCCCCCCCACCGUAGGAGUCUGUACGUGGUAGGAAGUUUUUUCAACUGGCAUUCAUUUGUUAAAAUUGUUGCAGUCAUUCUUUUCACCAUCAGUUGUAUUCAUUACUGUAACUCUGUAAGUUGUAUCCUUUAUACAUUCUUUUGCGUGUGUAGUAA